AUGGGGGUGCCUGCGGCUCUCUGUGUGGCCUUACUGUGUGGAUUUGUGGCUCCUUCUCUCGGAGGAGAAGACACUGUGACGCUGGUGAAGAUGAAGCUGAUCCUCCGGGGGCGACUGGUGUUCGUUGGCGGUCGUGAUUGUUCACCUCUGGAAGAGCCGUCCAGUAAGAAGACCGUGCCGGACGUGUACGUGGGUAACCUGGCUGUAGCCGACCUCGUUCAUGUGACUGUAAUGCCCUUCCUCAUCCAUCAGUGGGCGCGUGGGGGGCACUGGGUGUUCGGCAGCACUCUCUGCACCGUUAUCACCUCCAUGGACAACUGCAACCAAGUGGCCUGUGCCGCGGUAAUGACCGCUAUGAGCCUGGACAGGUAUCUGGCUCUGGUCCAUCCUUUCCGUCUGAUGAGCCUGCGGACGAGGUCCAGGACGAUCCGCAUCAAUCUGUUUGUGUGGGUGACGUCCGUCAUCAUGGUGCUGCCGGCCUGGCUCCACUCCAAAGUGAUCCGCUUCAGAGACGGGCUGGAGAGCUGCUCCCUCAACCUGGUGUCCCCCAGAGAGGUGCUGUGGUACACACUCUACCAGACUGUGACGUCCUUCUUCCUCCCUCUGCCCCUCAUCCUCACCUGCUACAUCCUCAUCCUCUGUUACACUUGGAGAAUGUACCGCAAGAACAAGCAGGCUCGCAGGUACAGCACCAGCGUGCCCCGUCAGCGCGUGGUCCGACUCACCAAGAUGGUUUUGGUGCUGGUGGCCGUGUUUUUGGUCAGCGUGGCGCCGUAUAACAUCCUGCAGCUGGUCAACCUCCAGGUGCCGCGGCCCUCGCUGGCCUAUCACACCUGCUACUACCUGAGCGUGUGUCUGAGUUACGCCUCCAGCAGCAUCAACCCCUUCAUCUACAUCUCCCUCAGCGGACACUUCCGCCACCGCCUGGUCUGCCGCGACGCCCCGAGUGUGCCCAGCGGCGGAGAGCAGAAGGCCGAGACACGGGUCAGCUUUGACUGA